AUGUACCCCGACCUAUACAAGGGGCUGAGGUUAAAACCUAAGGACCUGACAACCUACGAUUCCCCUCUGAUAAGUUUUGAAGAGAAGACUGUUAUUCCAAAAGGUCAAAUUAGACUACCCAUACAGGCUGGUUCGGAAAUGGUGGAGGUAGACAUCAUCGUGGUGGAUGCCUAUUCCCCCUACAUGGCUAUUGUGGCCAGACCCUGGCUUCAUACUAUGGAAGCCGUCUCAUCUACCUUGCACCAGAAAGUGAAAUACCUCUCGGGAGGCCACGUCGAAGAGAUUCAAUCAAAACCUCCAGAGUCGUCAGCUUGUGGACCAACCAAAGAGCCGAAAUGCGAGGAUUUGGAAAAAUUUGUUAUAGGUGGUGAUUUGGAGAAGUUCUUUCUGGUCAGGGCUCAACUGCCUCCUCAAGAGAAGGAAGAGCUGUUGGAAUUCCUUAGAAGAAACAUUGAUGUGUUUGCAUGGGACACUUAUGAGGCCUCGGGGGUGGAUCCGAAUUUCAUCUACCAUCAUUUGAACGUUAACCCAUCCAUCACUCCCAAGAAAAAAUUGCCUCGGCGCCCAUCUAAAAAGCAUGUAGACGCUGUCAGGGAAGAGGUGAUAAAACUCAAACAGGCAGGGGCUAUCAAUGAGGUUUUCUACCCCGAAUGA